AUACUUUAUCUCAUAUACCUCCAUUUUAUCAUCUUUUUUUUCCUUGGAUUAUUCCUAAUAAUAUUACUCGACUUGCAAAAGAGUUAAUUACUAUUUGGAUUGAAUGUGGUAGACCUAAUAAUAUAGGUUUUCACGUUUUUAGUAAUAAUGGUACUUAUCAUUAUGCUAUGUUAUGUGAAACUAUUAGAAAUUUUGCAAAUGAUAAUAAUAUUACUUCUAAAAACAAUUUAUCAUCUAUAUCAAGUAUUGAUGCUAAAUUAUUUUUAGAUUCUAUAAAAUCUUGUGUUAUAGAUUCUGCUCCUUCUCCAAUGACUGAAAAAUAUGCUGCUUCAG